AUGGCAAAUGCGACGGCACGCUUCACACCCACACCCACUCGCACUCCCCUCUAUAGCUCCGGCAAACAGAUUGCCCAGCUAUCCGUGCCGUCCAUAGUCGACGCCUCGAACCUACGCCACCCACAAUCUGAGGCAGCUUCAUCAAUCAAAUGCUAUGGCUGUGCGAAUACUUGCGUGGGCUUCUUUAGAACGAAGGACAUUGAUGCCGUCGAGGGUAAAUCAGUGUCGCUGCCCUGUCCCAUAGCAGCGCCAUUGGAUGAUGUUGUUAUGGUCUUAUGGUUUCGUGAUAAUGCGGGCAUACCUUUAUACAGCUUCGAUGUUCGCGAUAAAAUGGCCACCGAGCAACCACGCCACUGGUCAGCCCCGGAGGUCUUCGGUUCACGUGCCAAGUUCCAUUUCGACUCGGAACCAGCAACCUUGGAAAUUAAGGAUAUCAAACGUCAUGAUCAAGGCAUUUACCGUUGUCGUGUGGAUUUUCGCACAAGUCAAACGCAAAGCUUCCGUUUCAAUUUGUCUGUAAUAAUACUUCCGGAGCAGCCCAUCAUACUGGACCGUUGGGGUCGUCAGCUGAAUGGCACACAAUUGGGCCCCAAACAGGAGGGCGAUGAUAUUGUUAUCACUUGUCGAGUGGUGGGCGGUCGCCCACAACCGCAGGUCCGCUGGCUCGUAAAUGGACUGCUUGUCGACAAUCAAAACGAGCACAAUUCCGGCGAUGUUAUCGAGAAUCGUCUGCUGUGGCCGUCAGUGCAGCGCACCGAUUUGAAUUCCGUAUUCACAUGUCAGGCCUUGAAUACACAAUUGGAUAAGCCCAAGGAGAAAAGCUUCAUACUGGAUAUGCAUCUGAAACCUUUGACGGUGAAAAUAGCUGAGCAGCCCAAUUCAAUGGUUGCCGAUCGGCGCUAUGAAGUCACAUGCGAAUCGGCUGGCUCGCGUCCAAAUGCCAUCAUCACUUGGUACAAGGGAAAACGGCAAUUACGACGCACAAAGGACGACAUAUCGAAGAACUCCACACGCUCCGAACUGAGCUUUGUGCCCACCACAGACGACGAUGGCAAAUCGAUAACGUGCCGUGCAGAAAAUCCGAAUGUGAACGGCCUGUAUUUGGAGACCAUGUGGAAAUUGAAUGUCGUUUAUCCGCCGCUGGUGACUUUGCGACUGGGCUCUACGCUGACACCGGAUGAUAUCAAGGAAGGCGAUGAUGUUUACUUCGAGUGUCACGUACAAUCGAAUCCUCAAUGGCGGAAACUACUGUGGUUACAUAAUGGCAUACAUCUGGAGCAUAACACCUCGGCGCGAGUGAUCCGAUCAAAUCAGAGUUUGGUGCUGCAGAAGAUAACGAAACACUAUGCAGGCAACUAUGCAUGCAGUGCGAUUAAUGACGAGGGCGAGACUGUGAGCAAUCAAUUGCCACUACGUGUCAAAUAUACGCCCGUUUGCAAGCAUACGGAUCGCGUUAUACUAAUUGGAGCCUCCAAGGAUGAGACAGUUGAGGUAGUGUGCGAGAUACAAGCGGAUCCGCCGCCCAGAACAUUUCGCUGGAAAUUCAACAACUCGGGCGAAACUCUGGACGUGGGCAGCGAGCGUUUCAGCGUGAAUGGCAGCCGCAGUAUUUUAAAGUACACGCCGGUCACAGAUCAGGAUUAUGGCACGCUGUCCUGCUGGGCAGCCAAUGAGGUGGGCACACAACAGCAGCCGUGUCUCUUUCAAGUGGUUCUGGCAGCUCUGCCGAACGCUGUCAACAACUGUACCGUCUUCAACCGUACGGAGCUCAGUGCUGACAUCCAAUGCAUACCCGGCUAUGAUGGCGGACUCCCGCAAAUAUUUGUGCUCGAAAUGUUUUCAACACGCACCGGAAUCACCAGAUUCAAUCUGUCCAAUGCAGAGGAGGCUCUAUUUUCGUUGGAAAAUCUGGACACGCUGACCUCAAUGAUGACGCAGGAGAACAAUUCGCUCAAAUUGCGCAUAUACUCGUUUAAUCAGAAGGGACGAAGUGCGGCGUAUCUGGUGCCAGACUUCAUAAUUGGCUCAACAGCUUACAAGACAGACGAGGAUGUGACACUCACCCUCUCGCCGGUGAUUGUCGGCAGUGUGUUGACCAUCAUAAUUAUUGGUCUGGCCAUCGCGAUACGAAUAUUCGUGGUCACCUUUUUGCACAAUUUGCGACGCAAUCGCCAGCACGGCACCAAGGCAACAGCUGCCGGAGUUGCCACCCAGUCGGGAGAUGUCUUUAAGAACGCGAACCUGGAGAAGCCGCGUUGGCAGCACACGGACAUAAAAACCAAAUCAUCGGAAGAUUUAGUUGAAGACGAACGUGAUCCGGAUGUAAUACCCUCGCAAUAUGUUGGUGGCAGUAGCGGCGGCAGCGCGGGCAGCGGCAUCAGCAGCGCCGGAGGCGUUGGAGCCGGUAGUGGCAGCAAUGCCUCCAAUGUGUGCAACGGCAGCAGCAGUGCGGGCAGCAGCAGCGCCUCGACAGCUGUGGCAGCUGCGGCAGCAGCAGCCAACACUUCCACAGCAGCAGCGCCAGGAGCCGGUGGCGUCUCAAAGUGGUCGCCCAAUGCCAAUGUGACAACUUCUCAGCUUCUCGAUGGAACCUCCAGUGCACCGGUCACGUACAAUCAAAUCAAUGCCCAACGCGCUCAGCUGCUGGCCGCCGUGGUUGCUGCCGGUGGUGGCACCUGCAGCAGCACCGUGAUCUCGCCCACCAGCAGCAUGAUGGGCAGCUUGGGUGGCAAGCCAUUGGGGCUGGGUGGCACCAUUAUUGGGUCGCCCACCUCGCUCUCAUCGACGGCCACACUGGCCGCCCAUCUGCAGUCGCAUAGCAGUGGGGUGGGAACCUUGCCGCCAGGACUGGGCAGUGGCGGUGGUUAUAUCUUGAAUAGCCUGAUGAACAGCGGGGCUGGGGGCGCUGCUUCUGCUUAUGGAAGCAGUCGAUUGCAUCAUCCGUUGCAACAAGCCGGUCACAGUGCCACACUCAAUCGACAUCACCAUCAUCAGCAGCAUCAGCAUCAGCACCAGCAGCAGCAGCAGGGACUGCACCAUCAUCUGCCGGCUGGCUCCUCAGCUUCCUCGGGAUCCAAUGUAGGUUUGCUGCUGGGCAGCUCUGGCGGUCUUCUUGGCAUUGGCAGCAGCGCGGGCAGCGUCAUGGGCGUGGUCGGUGCCGCCAAUAACUCGACAACGACAACCUCUUGCAAUUCGUCGCAGGACUUGGAUGACAACAUCAAUAUAAAUGCGAUUAAGGAUUGCCUCAUGACGCAACGCGUGCCCGAAAGCUGUGUCUAAGGCGGCUCUUUUGGUAUUUACAAUACACACACAUAUAUAUAUAUAGAUAUAUAAAUAGGUGUUUGGACUAAACCGUAAGCUGUUAGGCUAGUUGUAUGUUUGUAUGUGCUUACAUUUAAAUUGUACAUAAAUAAAUAUACAGAUAUGUUUGUACGUUCGCCACUAGCGUGUGCUGCGCUCUACCUUGACGAUCGAUCAUUGUCAAACAACAGUCUCCCAUAUCUUUCUGCAUAUCUGCAACGCAUGAGAAAUCAUGUGCUAUGAUUUAAUGGCAUAUCAACGUUUAUAUCAUAAUGUCUACAAUUCGUUGAGCAGCAGGAUUAAAAAAUGUUAUUGAAUGGAAACAGGCUAUGGUCAGACGUGCAAGAAAAACAACCAAUUUAUAUUCACUUUAUUUUCCCGUCUGACCCUUCUCGACAACUUUCUGUAAGCCUAAAAAAGCACUUGUUAUGCCCAGCUGUUCAGCCCGAUUGUAUUCCAAAAGCAAAAUGCAUUUACCGAAACAUAUUCUUAACGUUCUCUGCUUCUUUGUCUAAAAGAAAAGUUUUACUUCGGCUUUCAGUUAGUUUCAUCCUUGGCUUUAUAUUAUUUCAAUAUAAGAUUUACCAUCAAAUUGU